UAAAGGUUGAAGAAAAGGAGAAGCACAAAAGCAAUAAAAUGGCAGCAUCAGAAAACCUAUGUGAUGGUGCUGGUGAUGACAGUGACAAUGACGCAUUACUUCAAGAAAGAAAGAGUAGAAAAACUGACAGUUGGCAAUUUCCUAGGAUGGAGAAUGAAGUGUGUGAUAGGCCUGCAAAGAAAACACCUAAUGAAAAGAACAAGGUGAAAGAACAAAUACAGUCUAUGAGUGACCAUGAUGACUUAACUUGGUCAUCUGCAACAGCCCCAGAGGAUUAUUUUGUUAUCCUAUUGAAAAUGCAAGAUGCCAUUCUUUCCCAGCAAAGAUUAGUAGAACUUAAAAGCAAUGAGUGUGAAAGACUCACAAUAAAAAUUGGAAAAAUGGAAAACGAGGUUAGCGUUCUGCAAGAUGAGCUCUAUGAAGCCAAAAAAAUAAUGUCACAGUUAAAUUAUGAAAAAGCCGUAUGGGAAUGUGAACUCUCUACUUUGAGAUGUACCUUAAAAGAAGAAGGAGAGAAGAGAAGAAAUGCUGAUCUGUUAUAUGAAAACACUCGAGAAGAGAUAAGAAAAAAGGAAGAGGAAUGCAGGAAAGAAGUUGAAAUGAAACAACAAGCUGAAGAGUCUGUCAAAACACUGAAUGCAGAAAUGAAUAUAUUAAGAAACUAUUUGUCUGAGCUUGCAGAAAAGUACAACGAGAGUCAGAGGCAGCUAUAUGGAGAGCGGAAUGCCAGACAAUUACAAGGUUGGAUUCUGGCCAAUCAACUUUACACACAAACUGAAACAGAAAUGACUCUGAGGGAAAUGGAAUCUCAGAUUUGUCAGAGUUAUGAAAAAGAACGAUUUCUUAUGUGUACAAAUGACAUGUUGCAUGAAGAAAUAGCCAUGCUACAAAUGGAAAUAGCCACAAUAAAAUAUCAGAAUGAGGAAAAAGAAAAUAAGUAUAUCAACCACAUUAAAAUUGUGGACGAAGUGAAUGAGAACCUUCAAAUGACCAUGAAAAAGAAUGUGGAAAAGUUAACAGACACAGUAUCUCAGUAUAGUGACCAGCUUAAUGCUCUGGCAUGUGAGAAUGCCUUGCUAAAUGCUCAACUACAAAAUGAAAAAGAGAGCAAGGAACAACUGCAAGCAGAACUUGAAUCCUGCAGUUCUAGACUGACUGCUGCAAUACAUGAUCAAUACGUUGAUCAAAUUCUGAUGUCAGGAAGAGACGUCGAAAUGUCUUUCCAGAGAGCAGGACAUGAGUGGUUUUGCUUACGGAAUGAAAUAAAUGUACCUGUGUCUGAUCUCAAAGAAAACCAUGAGAUUUUUGGUCAAAACUGUUCUAAGGCUCAAAGUCAAAUUGGUAGCCUGGAAGAUGAGCUCCAUAGCACAAGAAAUGUUCUGAGAAAUAAGACUCUGUCUUUGGAAUGUGUCCAAAGACACCUCUACCAAACAGAAUGUCAAAUGGAAAAGAUCAAUCAAAUGUAUGAAAAUGAACAAUAUCACGUGAAGAAAUACAUUGGACAACAGGAAUAUCUAGAGAAGAGAAUAUCUGAACUAGAAAGAGGAAAUAUGUUGCUUCGAGAGCAACUGGUGUACGCUCACAGCAGAGCAGAGCAUAAAGAGGAGACACUGAUGAAUAUGCGAGAGCAAUUUCAAGAUACUGUGAAAAACCUUCUAGCUGAGAACGGAAAGCAAACCCGUCUGCUAGAAGAUAGAAGUAAGCAGUUAAUCGGUGAAUGCAAUCAGUUGAAAGAAAGGCUGUAUCAAAAUGAAAAAGGGAAACCAGAAGAAGCACAAGCAGCAUCGGAAGAAUACAGACGACAGUUGAGAGAGAAUCAUCUGGCUGCAGUAAGCAGUCAGAGGGAAUUCAGAAUGAAUAAUCUUGAAUCCCAAAUCUCCAAUAUGACAACUGCUCCAGAAGAUUUUCAUUGUAUUGAACUGGAAAAAUAUAAACACUUCUAUCAAUUAGAGUUAGAAGACAGAAAAUACUUGCCAAAGAAACUAAAAAUAGCUACUGAGAGGCCAGCAGCGUUCAGUAGCAGUCUUGUUGCAGAGACACAGGAGACCAGAAGUUUCUCUGGCCCUUGUACAAUGAGCACAGAGUCGGCUUCUGCUGGAACUGUUGUUGAUGGGUUAGGUCUUCACAGAGAAUUUCCUGGAAGAGAAUACUCACUGUUUUCUUCUUCCUGCCCAUGGACUUUAGAUACCAGCUUGAAGAAUAACUUGAGUGAGAUGCAGCAGGAGUUGGAAGAAAUAACUUCAGGACUAGAAGUAGCACCACAGGAUUUUUGCGCUUUCAAUGUGGUGAAGUUGAACACUAUAAGUGAGAGAUUGAAGAAAGCACAAGAAAGGCACAAGCAGCAUCUGAAGAAUACAGAGAACUUCACUUAGAAGUCAGAUGGAACUCAGAAUGAAAGAUCUUGAAUCUGAAGUCUCCAACAGGAAAACUUCUUGAGAAGUCUUUCAUUAUAUUGAAUUGGGAAAAUACAAGCACCUCUAUCAAUUAGACUUGGAAGCUAGAAAAUACUUGUCAAACAAAAUUAAAAAUCUUCACAGAACUACUGAGAGACUAGCAGCAUUCAGUAGCAAUCUUUUUGUGGAGACAGGAGACCAGAACUUUCUUUACCACUCAUGGACAGUCCUAUAGUCACCUCCUGGUGGCAAUCUUAAUAAUGGUUUAGGUCUUCACAGAGAAUUUACUUCAAAAGAAUACUCAACGUUCUCUUUUUCCUGCCCAUGGACUUCACAUACCGGCAUGAAGAACAACUUGAGUGAGAUGCUGCUGGAUAUUCUCCUGUGGAAGAGCUUCUUCUCUAGAUUCACUGAUGAGUCAAAUCUAAAUGAAGACAUUCUUUAGAAAGCAUCAUGGAAAUAUGUGCCAAUUUUUUUUUAAAAAAAAUAUACAAUGUGAAAGACUUUUAAGUAGGUCUUGCAAAUGAAAGCCAGUUUUACAUCCUCAGACUGCCAAAAUGUUAGCUGUUUAUAAUUUUAAUUUUAAGCACUGAUUUAUAUGACUCUUUCUUCUUGGAGAAAUAAAAUUUGCCUAAGGCU